AUGUCGUCCUCUUUUACUCAACACAUCAGACCUGCAACAAAGCACCAACAGGUCUCUCGAGAAGAGGAUCCAAAUCAUCAUCAGACUGUUCAACCUUCACCAGCAGCGGAGACAAUUGAUCGUUCACUUCGUUACCCAGGUUUGUCAGAACAAGAUGCUCUGGAUCGCCUCGACGCUCCCACAAAUACGACAGCUUCAUAUGCACCAGCAAGCACUUCGUCAAGUUUGAGCGCGAUUCUCAACACUGCAUCCCCAUUACCGCCUUUUCCCUACCAUGGACCGCAAGACGAUCGACUUAUGGGAAACGCCGGGAAUCGUUCUCCCCCUCCAGCUGGACAAGACACUGGGGUAACACAUACACCAACAAGCGGCGCGAAUCAUUCCUCUCUUCCAGCUGGACGAGACGCUUCGGGAGCACACACACCAACAAGCGCUGGACCAGAUCAUUCUUCCCGUUCAACGGCUUGGGAAAAUACACCAGAAUAUGCAAUAGAAACUAGAUUUCCGUGGCCUAGCUAUCACCCUCAAAGUGUCUCGGAUAAGUCCAUGUCUGAACGUGCACUGUCAGGUGGCAGAUCAGAUUAUCCCUCCCGCCCAGCGGAUUCAGAAAACCACCGAGCAUAUGCAUCAAAUAAUGAAUCGCAAUAUCCUCGCAAUGCUACCCAAGAUGUUUCUGAGAACCGCACAUCGCACGAUGCAAACCAUGCCCAUCAAGGUGUCCCAGAUGAUCGCGUGUCACGUCGCACAAGCUAUACUUCCCAAGAUGGUCCAGACAAUCGCACCCCGCACCACCCAAACCCCCAAUUCCCUGCAGUCGGACCACCUGGCCCGUACAGUGUAGCACAAUCUUGGGACUCGAGCACUCGUGCAUCUGCAUACCAAGAACCCUAUCGUCCCUAUUUAAACAAUGGACCACAUUAUUCUGGACAGUAUCAGGAGCCUGUUCAAGAUGGCAGAUCCAUGCCGGCAGGAUACGAUGCACCUCCUCACCAUUCUUUACCUGACGGUGCAGGCUAUUCGCAACCUCCUCCUCCUCCUACAUAUCGUCACCAUUCUUAUCAAGAUAGCAGAGGCUACCCACAACAGCAACCCCCUCCUUUAACUCGCCACCAUUCUUUUAAUGAUGAGAGAGGCUAUCCGCAACAGCAACACCCCGCUGCACCUUCUCAUCAUUCUUAUCAGGAUAGCAGAGGCUACUCGCAACGUCAACCCCCUCCUGCGCCGGCUCAUCAUUCUUAUCAAGAUGGCAGAGCCUACUCGCAACAGCAACCCCCUCCUGCGCCUGCUCAUCAUUCUUAUCAAGAUAUCAGAGGCUAUCCGCAACAGCAACACCCUGCUGCACCUUCUCAUCACUCCUAUCAAGAUGGCAGAGGCUACUCGCAACAGCAACCCCCUCAUCCACCUCACUAUCCUUAUCAUGACGGUAGAGGCUAUUCGCAAGAUCAACCCCCUCAUCCAUCUCACUAUCCUUAUCAUGACGGUAGAGGCUAUCCGCAAGAUCAACCUCCUGCUGCACAACCGCCUCUAAGACAGAGUGCUCCUAGGCAAAGAACCGCAAUCGCAUGCAAAUAUUGCAGAAGACGCAAGAUUCGUUGCUCAGGUUUUACUGCUGAUGGCUCCGGAGGUCAAUGUACUAAUUGUGCCCGCUUCAAACAGGAAUGUGUUUUCACUCCUGUAUCCUCAGCACAGGCAUUUGUACCUCUUAUUGCCCUGACUGAAGCGCUUAAUGGCAGAGAUACGCAUUCGGGUGUUUAUGGUGCUUACGGCCAACCACUACCAGGUGACCCCGCGAAUCAAAACCGUACAGAACCGUACCAAGGAUAUCAUCCACAGCAAGCCGCGCCCGGGCCACCAAUGGCACACUGUCAUCAACAAAUGCCACAACAGGUCGCCCAAUAUGCGCCCCAACAUGUGCAACAGCCAAUUCCCCAAACAUAUCUCCCGCCUAUGAACAGAUCGCCCCAUGAUCGGGAUACCUUGCCUUCUCCAACAGGCUCAAUACCCCAACAAGCACCUCAAACAUAUCUCCCUUCUUUUUCGAACAGAUCACCAUAUGAUCAGGGUGCUACUUUACCCUCUCCGACAGGCUCAUUGGAUUCUCAAAAGCGUAAGCGCGAGGCAGAUGAGCGUCACUUUGCUAGAGCGGCCCCAUCUGCCCCUAGUCAAUUCUCCGGAUACGACCGAGACAGCAAUGCUCCGUACCGCAUAACAGGUCUUCAGGAACAAUACCAGUAUCGUCCCUCCGUCCCAUCCCCUCCUACUCGCCAAUAUGGAUAUCAACAAGGAGAGAAUGUUGCGGCCCGCCUGCCAGCAUUGCAAGAUGGACAACAAUAUCGUUCAUCAGUUCCAUCACCUCCUUCCAAUCAACAAUAUGGACACAAACAAGGAGAGAAUGCUCUAGCAUACCGACCUAUGGAAGAUGGCCGACAGUCCACUCAAUGGGCCUCGGUAAACUCGAAUGAAGCACCACGGAACGACCCUUCUCCCAAUGGUUCAUCGUCAUCUUUUCAUUCCCAGAAUGCAGGCGGCAAUCACCAACCUAGUCAGGUAUCUCCUCAUCGAGCCGAGUCUUCCCAGUUUCCUCUAGCAUCCCCUGCUAGAGAAACUGAACGUCCUAAUCAGAUGAACAUCGCAAACAUUGUGGAACGCGAUGACGACGAUGUUGACCGAAAUAUGCUCAGACGUUUGGGUAGUAAUAGGUCUUAG